UUUUUUGUGCAGAUAGAGCCCAUUUUGAGUGGAAAUCUGCCUCCUGGCUUUGAUUCAACUACUUGCCGCAGUGUGUAUGUGGGAAAUAUUCACCCCCAGGUCACAGAGCCCCUUCUGCAAGAAGUUUUCUUGAGUACUGGUCCUAUUGAAGGGUGCAAACUUAUUAAAAAAGAUAAGUCAUCCUAUGGUUUUGUGGACUAUUUCGAUCGCAGAUCAGCUGCCCUUGCUAUUGUGACUCUUAAUGGAAGGCAUCUAUUUGGGCAACCUAUUAAAGUUAAUUGGGCAUAUGCUAGUAGUCAGAGGGAGGAUACAUCAGGUCAUCAUAACAUUUUUGUUGGUGAUCUCAGCCCUGAAGUUACAGAUGCUACGUUGUUUGCAUGCUUUUCUGUGUACUCCAGUUGUUCGGAUGCAAGGGUCAUGUGGGAUCAGAAAACUGGGCGUUCAAGAGGUUUUGGUUUUGUUUCUUUUAGGAAUCAGCAGGAUGCCCAAAGUGCUAUAAAUGACUUGAAUGGGAAGUGGCUUGGAAGUAGACAGAUCCGAUGUAACUGGGCUGCAAAAGGUGCUACUUCCAAUGAGGACAAACCAAGUUCAGAUGCCAAAAGCAUUGUAGAGCUUACUAAUGGUCCAUCUGAAGAAGUCCAAGAGAAGCCUAAUGAUGAUACUCCAGAGAACAAUCCUAAGUAUACCACUGUUUAUGUGGGCAAUCUUGCUCCAGAGGUUACAUCAGUAGAUCUCCACAGGCAUUUCCAUGUCCUUGGAGCGGGCACUAUUGAAGAUGUUCGUCUGCAACGAGAUAAAGGUUUUGGUUUUGUGAGAUACAGUUCACAUGCUGAAGCAGCUAUGGCUAUACAGAUGGGAAAUGCUCGAAUUCUAUGUGGUAAACCAAUUAAGUGCUCAUGGGGUAGCAAACCUACUCCACCAGGAACAAGCUCUGUGCCUCUUCCUCCACCAGCUGCUGCACAUAUCUGGCUUUCAGCUGCUGUUGCUGCCUAUGAACGGCAGAUGGUGAGUAAAUAUGGCGGUGCACAGGAUGGUAUGAUGCAUCCGCAGAGUCAGCAUGUCCUUAAGCACAGCCAUGGGAUGGGUUCUGCUGGAGCUAGUCAGGCAUUAUAUGAUGGUGUUCAAAAUGUGGCGCAACACCAGCAGCUAAUGUACUACCAUUAAUGUGGGAUCCAGCUCCUAUUAUAGCUUCACAGGGAGGAAUAAGUUUUUGGAGAACUGUAGGAUGAUGCUACUUUUUCGUUUUCGAAUUUGUGUUCUUUUCUGUUUUUUUUUUUUUUUUUCUUUCCUUUGCUAGAUUGCUGUAUUUCUCUGUUCUAUACCUUCAACGUGUAUGGAUGGCUGUUCCCUAUUUGAGAUAAUACUUAAUUAUCCGCUCAAACUUGAUCAAAAAUACUGUUCAUCUUUCAAUUAAAUUAAGAUUACUUAUCCCAAA